AGUGGGACUCAAAGAGUUCAUGUCAGAUUGUCAGCUACCAGCUACCAACGUCACAUUACUUGCACACUUGUACAUUAGAAGACUAAUUCUGCCAAAUGUUCAUACGUCAUUGGUCAUAAUCCAAGAGAGUCAAACAUGAAAUUCGUUGACUCUUAAUAAGUACUAUAUUUUGGUCAACAUUGUUUUGCAUCUCUUUUCACGCAUCAUCCAUCUUAUCUCAUUUCUGACAUUUUCGUCUAUGCAGAGUCUUGAUUUUUGUUUUCUCCCUUCAUUAAACAACAUUACUAGAAUCAAAAGAUCAGAUAGAGCUGGCAAGUUGAGAGAACAAGAACAAGAUCAGUAUGAAGACAGAGACUCACAACCGUCAAUGCAUUCCACUAGCGAUCUCUGUCCUAUCUCUGUUCAUCAAUGGCGUCUCAUCAGCAAGACAACCUCCAGAUCGGUGUAACAGAGUCUGCGGAGAAAUAUCAAUUCCUUUCCCGUUUGGCAUCGGUGGGAAAGAUUGCUAUCUAAACCCGUGGUACGAGGUUGUCUGUAACAGCACAAACUCUGUUCCGUUCCUCUCAAGGAUCAACAGAGAAUUGGUGAACAUCUCUCUCAAUGGAGUUGUCCACAUCAAAGCUCCCGUAACUUCCUCCGGCUGUUCUACAGGAACAUCUCAGCCACUUACACCGCCGCCUUUAAACGUUGCUGGCCAAGGCAGCCCCUAUUUCCUCACGGACAAGAACCUACUCGUGGCGGUUGGUUGCAAAUUCAAGGCUGUUAUGGCGGGUAUUACAUCGCAGAUCACCAGUUGUGAGUCGAGUUGUAACGAGAGAAACAGUAGCAGCCAAGAAGGAAGAAACAAAAUCUGCAAUGGUUAUAAAUGUUGCCAGACGAGGAUACCAGAAGGGCAGCCGCAAGUAAUCAGUGUGGAUAUAGAGAUCCCUCAAGGUAACAACACAACAGGAGAAGGAGGAUGCAGAGUUGCGUUUUUGACGAGCGACAAGUAUUCAAGUUUAAAUGUUACAGAGCCAGAAAAGUUUCAUGGUCAUGGAUACGCGGCGGUCGAGCUUGGAUGGUUCUUUGAUACUUCCGAUUCUCGUGAUACACAACCCAUAAGUUGUAAAAAUGCGUCAGAUACAACACCGUACACUUCCGAUACGAGGUGUAGUUGCUCAUACGGCUACUUUUCUGGAUUCAGCUAUAGGGACUGCUACUGUAACUCCCCAGGUUAUAAAGGGAAUCCGUUCCUUCCAGGUGGUUGUGUAGACGUGGAUGAAUGUAAACUAGAUAUAGGACGCAACCAGUGUAAAGAUCAAAGCUGUGUGAAUCUGCCCGGUUGGUUUGACUGCCAGCCCAAGAAACCAGAGCAGCUCAAGCGGGUGAUUCAAGGUGUUCUUAUAGGUUCAGCACUGUUGCUUUUCGCCUUCGGAAUCUUCGGGUUGUACAAGUUCGUACAGAAGCGGAGGAAACUAAUCCGAAUGAGGAAGUUCUUCAGACGUAAUGGAGGUAUGUUGUUAAAACAACAGUUAGCUAGAAAAGAAGGCAAUGUAGAGAUGUCAAGAAUAUUCAGCUCACAUGAGUUGGAGAAAGCUACUGAUAACUUCAACAAGAAUAGGGUUCUUGGGCAAGGAGGUCAAGGUACAGUGUAUAAGGGAAUGCUCGUUGAUGGUAGAAUCGUCGCAGUAAAAAGGUCGAAAGCUGUGGAUGAAGAUAGGGUAGAAGAGUUCAUCAAUGAAGUUGUUGUUCUUGCGCAGAUCAAUCAUAGAAAUAUUGUUAAACUUUUGGGGUGUUGUCUUGAAACGGAAGUUCCAGUCUUAGUUUAUGAGUUUGUUCCAAAUGGAGACUUAUGCAAGCGUCUUCAUGAUGAAUCUGAUGAUUACACAAUGACAUGGGAGGUGCGUCUUCACAUUGCUAUAGAGAUUGCAGGAGCACUUUCUUAUUUGCAUUCUGCUGCAUCUUUCCCCAUAUAUCAUAGAGAUAUCAAGACUACUAAUAUACUCUUAGAUGAGAGAAACCGAGCUAAGGUGUCGGAUUUCGGAACUUCAAGAUCAGUAACUAUAGAUCAAACUCACUUGACAACUCAAGUUGCAGGCACUUUUGGAUAUGUGGAUCCAGAGUACUUUCAAUCAAGCAAGUUUACGGAAAAAAGUGAUGUUUAUAGUUUUGGAGUUGUCCUUGUGGAGCUCUUAACCGGAGAAAAACCUUCCUCCCGUGUCCGGUCUGAAGAAAACAGGGGCCUUGCAGCUCACUUUGUCGAAGCCGUGAAAGAGAACAGAGUGCUUGACAUAGUUGAUGAUCGGAUCAAAGAUGAAUGCAACAUGGACCAAGUAAUGUCAGUGGCAAAUCUAGCUAGAAGGUGUUUAAACCGAAAAGGGAAGAAGAGGCCAAACAUGAGAGAGGUUUCAAUUGAGCUGGAGAUGAUUCGUUCAUCACAUUAUGAUUCAGGAAUUCAUAUAGAGGACGACGAUGAGGAAGAUGAUCAAGCCAUGGAACUCAACUUUAACGACACUUGGGAGGUUGGUGCGACUGCUCCAGCCUCCAUGUUUAACAAUGCAUCCCCCACGUCUGAUGCUGAGCCUCUGGUGCCUUUACGAACAUGGUAAUGAUCAACUCAAAACACUGCAUAUGUAUACUCUCAUCUGAUGUAAACUUUCGAUAAUGAAUAUUUGGUUUUCACCAUGUAAUAUAACACACAAAUUGCAUUAUAUUUUCAAGAAGAAAAAUAAUGUUUUAGUACAAGAACAAUAAAUGGGGCUUCAACCUUCACC